AUCAGCUGAUUUUGCUGUGAUAUCGAUAGGUGACGCCCAAGUGAAGCUGCCGAAAUGUCGCAAGUUGAGCAAUUGCAUCUGAAAUCCCCGCCAGAAACAGCUGGAGCAGCAUCUCCCGAAGCAGCCGCUGCGCUGGCCGUGGCAGCCGAUGCCAACGAAACGGAGCUUAUGGUGAAGGUGGUCAUGGGCAUGGGCUAUCCGGAGGGCGAGGCUCGCCUGGCGCUGGCCCAGGGCAACAACAACGUGCAGCGGGCGGUGCAGAUCUUGGUGGAGGGCAUGGAUGAUGGCGAGUCGCGCCAGAGGCGUGGCAAUCGCAAGCGAUUGAGGCAACUGCGCGGCCACCUCAUGGGCGAUCCACUUGCCACGGAUGACGCCAUCGUCGAGAUGAUGCGGGAGCAGAGGAUCGCACAGGCGCUGGCCGAGCUGGUGAACGGGAGCAGUGUGCAGGUCAUGGAACUGCUGCUGGCCGAGGAAGAGGAUGAGCUGGAGGAGGAGCAGGAGCAGCUGGAAACCAGCCAGGAGCAGACAUCCUCAUCCACCGAAAGCUCGCCGCACAGCAACUAAAGGGAAACCAGAUGUUGGUACCUAUUUAUGGAUUUGUGAGAUUAUGUUUAAAGUUAUCAUGGAAAUCUUGGUUGUCAUUCCUUUUAUUUGUCGUAUGCUUUCACUGCAUCAAAGAUUCAUUUUGUACUUAAAGUAUUUAAACUUUUUUAUAUAUAUAUCUGCAAAGUGCCAUAAAGUUAAGAGUAUACUUGUAUAAUA